GAAACGUUAUUAAGGAUUUUAUAUCACAGCCUGCAACUGUGCGAUAAUACUAAUUAGUAAAGGAGUAGUUAUCAAAACCACAUCCAGCACUUUUCAACUUGCUGGUUAACUUUCUGAGAAUCACCUCAGUCGAGAAAAAGAACGUCUAACUGUCGUUUCAAUAUAACCGUGAAUAAAUGUUAACACUGGACACGGUAGUUAUAAAUAUUGCCGCCAAAGUAUAAAGAAAGUUGAAAAUAGUCUUAUCUAUUCAUUUUCCAUAUUACUUUUAUAAUUUCCAAUGCUCAAGAGAUACUUCGCUACACACAUAAAACCAAUAAAACCCCUAAAACUAUUCCUUAGAGUAAAAACUAUUCAAUUACUACAAAGUGAUGUGUUAAAAAAUAAUAUAAAAAAAUAAAGAUGCCAGCUCGUGGUUCCUAUCAGGUGACUUCUAGAAAAGAAGGCGAAGUAGCAGAACAAGAUCAAUCUUACAGAAGCUGCAUUAUUGCUCUUUUGAUAUUUUUUUUCUUGUGCAUGAUUAUCAUUCUGAGCACCUGGCUGUUGGGGCCGGCUAAAACCGCACCGAUUACUGAUUCUCGAAAUAAUAAUGACCGUUCUGAGAAACUGAAGUACGAGGGCAACGAAUUUGAAACCACAAAAGAAGAUCGAAAUAAUACUAUUACAGAGUUUGAGCCAGAUUUUGGUAAACAAAAAGAUGACAAGAACGUGUCUCCCACAGAACAUCCACAGAAAAGAAAUACCGAUCCAGAAUUAACUGAACCAAUUCAACAAACGACUACUCCAAAAUCUGAUAAUACUGAUUCUAUCACUAAAAGUGAUACAACAAUGAUCAGUUCAACAAUUGAGAAUUACACGAACAAAAUAAUGUCUGAAGAUCAGACGAAACAUACACAGACAGUUAUUCAAGGUCUAGUUACAACUACUACUACUACAAACCCGCAUAACAUUGAUGAUUCUAUAAUGGACAAUGAUACAACAAUGAUCAGUCCUACAACUGAGGAUUACACGAAUGAAAUAAUGUCCGAAGAUCAGACAAAAUAUACACAGGGACUUAUUCAAAAUUCAAGUACAACAACUGCUACUCCAAACCCUCAUAAUAUUGCUGAUUCUAUGAUGGACAAUGAUACAACAAUGAUCAGUCCCACAACUGAGGAUUACACGAAUGAAAUAAUGUCCGAAGAUCAGACAAAAUAUACACAGGGACUUAUUCAAAAUUCAAGUACAACAACUGCUACUCCAAACCCUCAUAAUAUUGCUGAUUCUAUGAUGGACAAUGAUACAACAAUGAUCAGUCCCACAACUGAGGAUUACACGAAUGAAAUAAUGUCCGAAGAUCAGACAAAAUAUACACAGGGACUUAUUCAAAAUUCAAGUACAACAACUGCUACUCCAAACCCUCAUAAUAUUGCUGAUUCUAUGAUGGACAAUGAUACAACAAUGAUCAGUCCCACAACUGAGGAUUACACGAAUGAAAUAAUGUCCGAAGAUCAGACAAAAUAUACACAGGGACUUAUUCAAAAUUCAAGUACAACAACUGCUACUCCAAACCCUCAUAAUAUUGCUGAUUCUAUGAUGGACAAUGAUACAACAAUGAUCAGUCCCACAACUGAGGAUUACACGAAUGAAAUAAUGUCCGAAGAUCAGACAAAAUAUACACAGGGACUUAUUCAAAAUUCAAGUACAACAACUGCUACUCCAAACCCUCAUAAUAUUGCUGAUUCUAUGAUGGACAAUGAUACAACAAUGAUCAGUCCCACAACUGAGGAUUACACGAAUGAAAUAAUGUCCGAAGAUCAGACAAAAUAUACACAGGGACUUAUUCAAAAUUCAAGUACAACAACUGCUACUCCAAACCCUCAUAAUAUUGCUGAUUCUAUGAUGGACAAUGAUACAACAAUGAUCAGUCCCACAACUGAGGAUUACACGAAUGAAAUAAUGUCCGAAGAUCAGACAAAAUAUACACAGGGACUUAUUCAAAAUUCAAGUACAACAACUGCUACUCCAAACCCUCAUAAUAUUGCUGAUUCUAUGAUGGACAAUGAUACAACAAUGAUCAGUCCCACAACUGAGGAUUACACGAAUGAAAUAAUGUCCGAAGAUCAGACAAAAUAUACACAGGGACUUAUUCAAAAUUCAAGUACAACAACUGCUACUCCAAACCCUCAUAAUAUUGCUGAUUCUAUGAUGGACAAUGAUACAACAAUGAUCAGUCCCACAACUGAGGAUUACACGAAUGAAAUAAUGUCCGAAGAUCAGACAAAAUAUACACAGGGACUUAUUCAAAAUUCAAGUACAACAACUGCUACUCCAAACCCUCAUAAUAUUGCUGAUUCUAUGAUGGACAAUGAUACAACAAUGAUCAGUCCCACAACUGAGGAUUACACGAAUGAAAUAAUGUCCGAAGAUCAGACAAAAUAUACACAGGGACUUAUUCAAAAUUCAAGUACAACAACUGCUACUCCAAACCCUCAUAAUAUUGCUGAUUCUAUGAUGGACAAUGAUACAACAAUGAUCAGUCCCACAACUGAGGAUUACACGAAUGAAAUAAUGUCCGAAGAUCAGACAAAAUAUACACAGGGACUUAUUCAAAAUUCAAGUACAACAACUGCUACUCCAAACCCUCAUAAUAUUGCUGAUUCUAUGAUGGACAAUGAUACAACAAUGAUCAGUCCCACAACUGAGGAUUACACGAAUGAAAUAAUGUCCGAAGAUCAGACAAAAUAUACACAGGGACUUAUUCAAAAUUCAAGUACAACAACUGCUACUCCAAACCCUCAUAAUAUUGCUGAUUCUAUGAUGGACAAUGAUACAACAAUGAUCAGUCCCACAACUGAGGAUUACACGAAUGAAAUAAUGUCCGAAGAUCAGACAAAAUAUACACAGGAACUUAUUCAAAAUGGUAAUUAUAUAUUUACAUAA